AUGGAUAAUCCAAGAGCAGAAGUAGAUCCAAUUCAAGGUUUCAACAAUGGCAACAAUGGAGAACAUGCUAGAAGUCAAAUUCUAAUGAUGAAUCCCUUGCCUACUGUUAACCAUGCUUAUGCUAUGAUAAUUGGAGAUGAAAGUCAAAGAGUUGUAAUAUCACACAUUAGCAACAUGAGAUUUAAUUCCGUUAGUCUAGAUUAUGUGGCUAUGUACUCGAAGGUAGGUGCUACAUCAGGAGUAAGUCAGAGAUUUAAGAAAAAUUCCUUCCUGAAAUGUGAGGUCUGCAAAUGUAAAGGUCACAGUAAGAAGACUUGUUAUAGAGUAGUUGGCUAUCCAGCUGAUUUCAAGUCCAAAAGAAAGGUUCAAGGUUCUUCUUCAGAAAUCAACAACACUGGGCAAUAUCAGUCAAAUCAGGCUCAUUUUUCAUAUGGUUUGAACACCAAUGUCUAUGCACCAGGGUGGAAUAGGAAACCUGACAACUUGGAGACUGAUCAUGGAGUGAUGGAGAGUGCAAAUCAUUCUAAGACACUAAGUCAAGAUGAAAUGAAUGCCAAACAGUUAUUGAAGGGUUGCACAUUCACAAAGGAGCAGUAUGAUCACAUUCUUAGAGGACUUCAGCAACAGUCAAACACUAACACUAGCACAGCUGAGUACAACCAUAGCAGUUCUGCUCACACUGCAGGUAAAGCCUUGUUUGUAUAUGAGAAUAACAAAGUAUGGAUUGUUGAUACUGGAGCAACAAAUCACAUAGUUUCUCAUUUACACAUGUUCAUAAAAGGCACUGUGUCUAAGUUAGUUAUUCCUAAGAUGGUAUCUCUGCCUAAUGGAGACACUACCCAAGUCACUCAUGUUGGAUAUUGUGCUUUGUCUGAUAAGAGCAUCAUUUCUAAUGAUCUUUACAGUGGGAAGGUGAAGGAAGUUGGUAGGGAAGUAGGAUGUUUGUAUACUCAAAGUCAUGACAGAAGUGAAAAGGAGAUUGUCUUAGCAUAUGUCAAAACUCAGUUUGGUAAACAGGUUAAAGUGAUCAGAAGUGAUAAUGGCACUGAGUUUGUGAAUUCAGUAAAAAUUCCAUUAACAUUCUGGGGGCAUUAUGUACUUGUUGCUGCAUAUCUCAUCAACAGAGUCCCAAGUAGUGUUAUUAACUAUCAAACUCCUUAUGAAAGAUUGUAUGGAUGUAAGCCUAUGUUGUCACAUUUAAAAACUAUCGGUUGUUUGUGCUUUGCCAAGAAACUAGUUGAGAAUGAUAAACUAAUGCCAAAGUCUAAGUCAGUAGUCCACAUGGGGUACUCAGAAAUACAGAAAAGGUACAUACUGUUUGAUCUUACUACUAACACAUUCUUUGCCAGCAGGGAUGCGUUAUUUAGAGAAGAUAUAUUCCCUUUCUCACAAGACAGGUUAUAUGACAAGCAACCUCUGUUUAAAGACUGCCUAUUAGACUCCACCGAGCUGUUACAACACUUACCUGCUAUAGUUCCCACAACUACACAGGUUGAAGUUUCUGAUGAGUUGCCAAAUGCUGAGUCUACUCCUUCAUACUAUACAAAUUCACCUACUGAGACUGAGAUUCACUCUCAAGUGUCUGGUGGUGUUGAAGAACCAGUAAUUGAGGUUCAAGAAGCUGAAGAUGUGCUACCAACUAAUCCUAGAAGGUCUACAAGGACUAAACAUACUCCUACAUGGCUUAAGGAUUUUGUUUCCUUGAAUACCCAUACUGAGGUCAAGUAUCCAGUAAGCAACUACAUCAGUUAUAGUCAUUUGUCACCUACUUACCAGUGUUAUCUGGCUGCUACUUCAUCUGUCAAGGAACCUACUACAUACUCAGAGGCAGUUCAAGACCAAAGAUGGGUAGAGGCUAUGAAGGCUGAGGUUCAAGCACUAGAAAACAAUCAGACUUGGGUGGUCACUGAUCUGCCACCAGGGAAGAAGCCUAUAGGCUGCAUAUGA